UGGACAACAGAGAGUGGUUACACGUAUAUAUCUUUAUGUAUGUAUAGGUUAAACACAAUCUCGUGGCUUUAGUCGCAUCGUCUCGGCGUCGUGUCCACGGAUAGCCGCCGUGUGACUAUAUACUAGAGGCAACGCAUAAUCAUUGAUACAAUAACGAUUUUCUCUUCAUUCUCAGGAACUAAAGUAAUCAACAUUUUUCCAAUGAUCGAGGAAUAAUUUUGGUCAAAAAAUUUCUUUUGCUCGUCACACAAAUAGCGCAGCAACUAUGGGAGAAUCAAAAAAUUUUCAAUGGAACAUUGCUCAACAACGAUAGACGACAAACUUUCAAGAUGACUAAUCAGGAAAAUUUGGUUAAAUUCAAUGAAAAAUUCAGUACAAAUACAAAUAAUUGCAGUGAUAAUAAGAAUAGAGGAAAAUAAGUAAAAAAAAAGAAAGGAGCUCGAGAGUGAGAAACAAGAAUAAUGAUAUUGUGAUCAAUAAAAAGUAUUUUUCGAUAAUGUAAAUUGAUAAGAUUGUAAAGCCUUGAGCAGCGAAUAAUAAUCUUUGUUAGAGUUUGUAUGAAUCAAUGAAUUUAAAGAAAUAGUACUUCCCCAUUUUUUUUUGUUUUAUAAAAAAAUAUUUUAAUUAAUUUUUUCGAAUUGUAAAUUUAUUUUGUUGACUUUGCAAAAACGUUUCCUUCUUUUUUUUUUCUGUAUCAAGAAUUUUUCCUAUGUAUGAGUUUUGUUCUACGUACUCAUUACGUAAUUGAAAUAUACAGGAAAGUAGUGAUUCCCCUUCUAUUUUAAUUCUUUCAUCACCCAGUUGAAUUACACAGCUGAAGAGUGAACAUUAAAUACUCGAAAUAUGUAUAAAGUAGAUCAAGUAUGUUUGUAAGUAAAAGAGCAUAUCAUUAGGUUUUUGAAUUAAAAAGAAAUUAAAAGGAAUAUCUUUUGAUAAUCGCACAAUAUUUUGUAAAUAACAUUUUAUUUUCUGUACGUGACAGUGAUGCCUCAUUUAUUAAUAACGAGGCUGUGAGAAAUGAUGAUGUGCAAAGUAAUUAUUGUUCUUUUUUUAAUUGGUGAUAUUUUCGUCGCGGCGUAUACAAAUCAAUGGGCUGUGCAUAUUGACGGUGGACCAAUAGUCGCUAGGCAAAUUGCUGAUGAACAUGGAUUUCGUUAUUUGGGAAAAAUAUUUGACGAUUGCUAUCAUUUUGAUCAUGGUUCGGUGAUGAAGAGAUCUGUUGAACCACAUUUGGAGAUUCAUGGGAGAUUAGUGGAGGAUGAGAGAGUGAAGAGGGCUGAACAGCAGAGGAUAAAGACGAGGGCGAAGAGGGAUUUCAUUCAGCAGAAGACGAUUUUAAAUGAUGAUAGAUGGUCCUUGAUGUGGUAUUUGAAUCGAGGGAAUGGUUUGGACAUGAAUGUGCAAGAUGCGUGGGCAGAGGGAAUAUCGGGACGUGGAAUAGUGGUGACGAUUCUUGAUGAUGGUUUGGAGAAAGAUCAUCCUGAUUUAAAGGAUAAUUAUGAUCCUCAAGCAAGUUAUGAUGUUAAUAAUCAUGAUGAGGAUCCAAUGCCGAGGUAUGAUUAUACGGAUAGUAAUCGACAUGGUACGAGAUGUGCGGGUGAAGUUGCAGCAACGGCGAAUAAUUCCAUUUGUGCGGUGGGAAUAGCUUUUCAUGCACAGAUUGGUGGUGUUCGGAUGCUCGAUGGAGAUGUGACGGAUGCGGUCGAAGCACGCUCCUUGAGUUUAAAUCCACAGCAUAUCGAUAUUUAUAGUGCGUCUUGGGGUCCGGAUGAUGAUGGUAAAACAGUUGAUGGACCGGGUGAAUUGGCGACAAGAGCUUUUGUGGAGGGAAUAACGAAGGGACGUGAUGGUAAGGGUUCGAUUUUUAUCUGGGCAUCAGGCAAUGGCGGUAAGGAUGGUGACAAUUGUAAUUGUGAUGGUUACACGAACAGUAUUUGGACCCUGUCGAUUAGUAGUGCAACGGAAAAUGGUUACGUUCCAUGGUACAGCGAGAAAUGUUCAUCGACAUUAGCGACAACUUACAGUUCGGGAUCAACAAGCGAGAGGCAGAUCAUAACAACGGAUUUGCAUCAUCAUUGUACAAACAGUCAUACUGGAACAUCAGCGUCAGCUCCACUAGCAGCCGGUAUUUGUGCCCUCGUUCUUGAGGCGAAUAGAAAUCUAACUUGGAGAGACAUGCAGCAUAUUGUUGUCCAAACGGCUAAACCGGCGAAUUUAAAUGCUUCAGAUUGGGUGACGAAUGGCAUUGGUCGUAACGUGAGUCACAGUUUUGGUUAUGGGUUAAUGGACGCCUCGGCUAUGGUUCGUCUGGCCAGGAAGUGGAAAACGGUUCCUGAACAACACACCUGCGAGGUAAUGUCUCCCCAAAUGGGAGAACCAAUACCAGCGAAGAGAACCCUAAGUUUUGAUUUGAAUGUCGAGGAAUGUAUGGGUGUGAACUUUUUGGAGCAUGUACAGGCAAAGGUGACCCUAUCAGCAUCAAGGAGAGGGAAUCUGGAGAUAUUCCUCACAUCACCACAAGGCACCAGGAGUACUCUUCUUGCCAAACGUCCACGCGAUCUUUCCAAAGCUGGUUUCAAUCAAUGGCCAUUUAUGUCCGUUCACACUUGGGGUGAAAAUCCACUAGGUAUAUGGACAUUGGAAAUACACAACGAUGGGAGAUAUGAAGAUGUUCUAGAGGAAUGGAAACUGAUAUUCUACGGUACCGAAACUCCAGUAGUGGCUGAGGAUAAAAUUAUCAUCUCCGAAUAUGAAGUACCAAGUGAAACAUCAACAGACGUUAAGCACAACAUCAUUGGAACGGUAGACAAUUCAUGGAUUGGUAGCCAAAAAAUCGACAGUGUUUUACAAACAGAACAUUCAAGACCAACGAGCGAAAAGCAAACGAGCGAUAACUGUAAAAUUAUGGACGGAGAAAAUGAUUGUCUCGUCUGCAAGGAAAAUUGGUUCCUAACAAAAGGACGUUGCGUUCUUUAUUGUCCAGCCGGUACCUAUGGUGCUUCCGACGAAAGAUAUUCGGUUUGUGCCGCUUGUCAUUAUUCUUGUGCAAGAUGUUCAGGGCCAUCUGGUAAUCAAUGUACUUCAUGUCGUGCCGACGCUAUUUUAAUUGAAUUCCACUGUGUCCUUAGUUCAAUUUCGUGGAAAAUGCAAGCGACAAGAUGGUUUUAUUGGAUGACAAUAUUUUUUGUCAUUAAUUUAUCAACAAUAACUGCCGCCGGAAUUUAUUUGUGUGUCUUUUGGUUUCGCAGAAAACACAAUCCACAUACAUACGACUAUAGUAAAGUGUCAUAUUCACAGAAUGCAAAAGCUGAAUGUGGUGCUAAUGAUUCCGCGUCCGAUAGUGAAUAAUUAGAAAAACAUGGCCUAUUUAAAAUUAUAAUAUUAAAAAAAAGUAAUUGACGAGAAAAAUAACGAAAUUGUUUUCGACUAUAUAUUUAUACAUAUCUCUUUGAUAUCAUCGAAAAUCAAAUUCCGUCAAUAUUAUUUAGAUGUAGAUUUUUUAUUACAAAGUUAUACAGCACUUGUUAUAAUAAACUACAAAUCAACAUCAAAAUAUUUAUAUAAUUAGGUUAUUUAUUUAUUCUUACAUUUCGUUGCUAUAUUUUUCCAUUCAUAAUUUACAGUAUAAGUUAGAAAAACAAAUCUUUUAAAUUUAUUGACAAACAAAAAACGAUCCGCAAAAAAGACCACCUGCAAUACAUGCAAACUGCUUUUUCGAAUUUUGUAAAUAUUAUUUAAGAAUCUUAUUUAUUACUUCAUGUAACAUAAAAAAGUGGGUUCCUCAUUAUAUAGUUAUUUAAUUGUAAUCAGAAUUAUAUAUAUACACACAAUUAUAUGUACAACAUUACACACAAUUAUAUAGAAAUAAUAAGUCUGAAUUUAGUUUAAUAA